AAUAGAAAGAUUAUUGCAAUUUAUAAUAUUUCUACAUCUAUUUGCAAUUUAUAUUAUAUUUCUAUAUCUUAUGUGGCUUUACAUGUUUUUAAUGUUUAAAUGUACAAUGUUUUAAGGUAUGUCACGAAAUGCAAAGGCAAGCAGCAGUGGCCGAAAGACACAAAUUAAUUGGACAUCAUACAUGGAUGAAUGUAUGGCAAACGCCUAGUUGAGGAAGUAUCGCUGGGAAAAAAAAUCUGACAACGCUUUUCGAGAAGCUAGUAUGAAUAAAGUAGCAAAAAUUGUGAUGGAGACAUUUUCUGUGCAAGUGGAUGGAGAAAAGUGCAGGAAUCGGUUACGAACGCUUAAAAAGAAAUAUAACUUGGCAAAGCUUGCACUUAGCAAAAGUGGCUUCGGUUGGGAUGAAGAAAGAAAAUGUGUUACCGCUGAACCAGACGUUUGGGAUGAAUUCAUCAAGGCAAAACCUGAAGCUAUUCAUAUCAGAAACAAGCCAUUUCCACUGCUAGCUCAGUUUGAUAUUAUAUGUGGGGACAAUUCUGCUACAGGAAACGCAGCACGAACUACAUCCGAUCUUGAGGAAGAAGUCCUCCAUUCAUCUCAUUACAUGGAUGCCAUCCCAUUGUCCUCAUACCCCUCUGAAUCAUAUACACCAUUUGCACCACCCGAUGAUGUAUAUUCCGACGGAACACAAGGUCAAUAUCAAUAUGGCGAAGGAAGCGGUCAAAGGGAUGUGAGAAACUCUGCUCCAAGGCCAUUAAAGAAGAAGAAGAAUGGCUCUAUUGCAUCAACUGUUAUUGAAAAGUUUGAAUGCGUACAGGAAACAAUGGAUGAAUAUGUUUCAUUCAAAACUAAAACAACAGGAAGACUAUGGGAUGAGUUGGAGAAUAUGACAACCAUUGAUUCUGACAUGAUGUAUAGGGCCUACACAUUCCUUGCGGAAAGACCGCAUUUUGCUUCUACGUUCCUAGAUCAUGUAAGUCCUAUUCAAAAGAAUGAAUGGUUGGAGAGGAUGAUUCCCUAGUAAAAAAUUUUAAAUGUAAUUUCUAUAGUUAAAGAAGACAUUGGUAAUGUAAUUUAAUUAUUAGAUUUUCUAUUAAUAUUUUUAAGUUUAUUCUCAAUGCUUAAAUUGAGUUAUUACUCCAUAUUAUAGAUAUUUUGAAUUUGUGGGCCCACUUUUAUAGCCCACUUGAUGAUUGGUUUAGCUUAAUAAUUAUCUCAAAUAUUCAUCUUGAUGGGCUUAACAAAAUAACAUAUUUGAUCCUAUGUUUUUUUUAUAUGAUUAUAACAUUUUAGAAUGAUUCCCCAAUCUCAGCUCUGCUCGAUGUGAAUAUACAGCUUUCUACCUGUAAGUAACUUACAGGCUAUCCAAACAGAAAAACUAACUUACCUGUAAGUGACUUACAACUUACAUCCAAACAGGUUACCUGUAAGUAACUUUCACCUUACAACUUAAAAGAACUUACAGG